GCUGCGUUGGCCACCAAAUCGAUUUCAGUUACGAUCUCUGCUGAGGUAACAAUGGUGAUCACGUCAUCAACGGAGAAUGCAACCGAUUCCAAGCCUCCAUCAGAGAAACUCGGAGAUUCGUCAACCGUUUGGAUAGAUCCGGUAGAAUCCGGAUCCCCAAAGGGAGAAGAAUCGGAUCAACCAAAGGAGGAAGGAGAGUGCGUGUUCUGCGUGUUCAUGAAAGGAGGCGGCUGCAGAGAACCAUUCACGGCGUGGGAAGUGUGCAUGCAGGAAGCUGAGAAGAACAAGGAAGAUAUCUUCACCAAGUGUAUGGAAGUCAAUAGUGCCUUGUUUAAAUGUAUGGACGCUCACUCCGAUUAUUACAAGCCCAUUCUCGCUAACAAAGCUGCUGCAGAACAGGUGAAGGAGGAGUUUGAAGCCGAGAAGAAGAACAAGGUCGACCAAGAGGAGAUCUCUGAAGAGGAAGUGGCUGCGACGAAGCAAGCUCAGGGAUAAAAUUUGUAAUGGCCCUUUUGUUAAAGUUUGUUUAUUUAAGUGAUUAAAGUUUAAGACCAUUGAUGGAUGGUGAUACUGAUAAUUUGAUCUAAAGGUCAUUACUUUUGUUAAUGCCCAUGAACAUUCACUCCAGUUGACAA